AUGUCUUACGAUAUUUCUGUGAAUAACCUUAUCAGUGUCGAGAAAUCAAGAAUAUUGAAUGAUUUCAUUGCGAAGGAUAAGUCGAGAAAAAUGAGAAAAAUGGCUAUGUUUAUCAUUCAUUGGGCAAAAACAAACAAGUUGUUGGGCGGAGUUUAUCAUGAUGAAAAAUUGGAGAAAAAAUUCAAAUUCAAUUCAUAUAUCAUUAAUCAUUUAAUCAUUCACUUCACCCAAAAAGCUGCAAAUGAAUGUCUUGUGAAACCGUUUGAGAAACCUGAAAAUCGUAUAGUUGACUACAGCUUUGAUGAACUUUUUCAUGGAUAUUCAGCUUUUUUGUAUCACUUUUUCGAAUAUUAUCUGAAUUUCGACUACGAAACUCUUGGGAUAUAUGGGUUCAAUGUGAUAGAAAAAUCUAAAUUGGCUGAAAUGCAAGGAGUGAACACGUCUCCAUUGAUGAUGAUUGAUCCACUUGAUAUUACUCAUAACGCGUCUUUUCAUGUCAUUGAAGACGGCAUUAAAUUAUUCAAGAAUCUGAUUAAAAUCUCUCUUGAAAAAAUGAAAAGUCCAACUUUUCGAAUUAUCGAUCUAAUUUGA